AUGGAUCACAUACAACCACAACAACAACAACAACAACAACAACAACAACAACAACAACAACAACAACAACAACAACAACAACAACAACCACAACAACAACAACAACAACAACAACAACAACAACAACAACAACACCCUCCUCAUACUACUACAUCUACUACAUCUACUACAUCUACACAAUCUCAACAAUCUCAACAACAAAAGAUGCAAUCACCUGCUAGUACUAAUAAUACUACUACUACUACAGAUGGGCCUACAUUUUCAAUACCAACUGUACCAUACUUUCAUAAUAGACCAACAGAAUCUCUGUCGGAUUUGUUACCUAGUAUGUUUGGUAUUAUUGAUUUUAUACAGUUGGUUGACAAUCCUCCACUACGAGAAGAUUUGUAUGAAAUCAUAGCGAGUAAUAGUACAAACAAUAGAAAUGUCAUUAUCAAUAGUAUCUAUGACUAUACAACCACCAAAGAACCUCUGGACAAAUACUUUGACUUUCGAUUCGUCAUGACCAACAAGGCAACACAAGAAACAUUGGGAAAGUUUAGUUCAUGGCAAAACCCUACACCUGCAAUGAGAGCACUCGAUGGUUUCACAGCUGGUAGUGAUUUAAAACUACCUCCUUACUUUCUUGCAUUAUGGAUUACAAAUAUAUUAAAAUGUUUACAUAAAAAGAAAAAAGUUAAAUUUUCAUAUCCAAGAUAUAUACAAUCAGGAAUAUUACCAAAACAAGAAGAUUUAUUUUCAUUGGAUAGGAUCAUGUGGAAACGUGGAUCGAUAUGUCACAUGAAAGAGUGUUCAUCAGAGACACCUAAUCGAUUCUGGUUUACAAUCGAUGAAGUGACCAAAGAAGAGAUGAAAAAGAUAAAAACGUUGGAAAGUGAACGAGAGGUUAGGAGUCGACUAGAACACCUUGAAAACAAGAUUGACGAACGUGUCGACCAGGUUACAGAGCUACGGCUCAAAUAUGUACUCGAAUCGAUCCCUCAAAUGGUUUUUGUGACCAAUAAUAGGGGUCGGUUGGAAUUUGUAAAUAGACAAUGGCUCCAAUACUUUGGCAUUGACCAUGCCGGACAACAAUUGGAUUGGGCAUUGAUCACACACUCUGAAAUGGGCUCCAAUGUAAACAAACUUUGGAAAGAUUCUAUUUCGUCGGCAAAGAAAUUCGAGGCAGAGGUACGACUCAAGAGUUGGACGGGUGAAUACCGUUGGUUCUUGAUUCGUGCCGAACCCUAUGUGGAACCCUCGCAAUUAAUCACCUCCUCGUCGUCACCAUCGAGCAGCAGUGGCAGCUUCUCCUCCUCGAGUAGUGGAAGCGCCUCGAGCAGCCCUUCGACUACAAACGGCUCUGGAUUUUUCUCAGUCUCUACCCCAGGCGUCCUCGUCAAAUGGAUCGGUAGUUGUACCGACACCAACGACCAAAAAACAGCUCAAGCUCGCAUCGAAAGAGCUGAAAAGGCAAAAGCUAUCUUUUUACAAACAAUGUCUCAUGAAAUGCGUACCCCCCUUGCCGGUAUUCUUGGUAUGAAUAAUUGUUUAAUUAAUAUUAUUCAACAACAAUCAAUUCAACCAGUUCAUCAAAGUCAAAGUCAAAGUCAACAACAACAACCAAUUCAACCAUUUCAACCAGUAGUUGAUAUUAAUAGUAAUAAUAAUAUUAAUAAUAAUAAUAAUAGUACUCAAGAUAUACCUUCGUCAUCUUCAUCAUCAUCAUCUACACAACCUCCACAACCAUUUAUUGGAUCACCAACAUUAAAUGGAAAUAAUUAUCCAACUAUAAUAGCAGAUCAAUUAGAUUGUUGCAAGACUAUAAAUAUAUGUGGAGAAGCAUUAUUGGUAUUGAUAAAUAAUAUAUUGGAUUUGAGUAAAUUGGAAGAAGACAAGAUUGAAUUGGAAGAGGCAGAAUUUUCACCUUUGGGUCUUGUAGAAGAUGCAGUCGAUAUUUUAACAACCAUUGCCGAGCAAAAGAAUAUAGAUAUUGUAUAUCAGUUGGACAAGGAGGCAGUUCCUUGUGUGAUUGGUGAUUUCUAUCGUAUUCGUCAAGUCCUCACCAACCUAUUAUCAAAUGCAAUGAAGUUUACACCUGAAAAGGGUAGGGUUGUGGUUGGAUGCUCGGCCGAAAAGAACGAGGUUGCUCAACAACCAACUUGUAUCAACCGAAUAUUCAACGAAAAGACGAUUGGUGGCAAUUAUGGUAAACUCAAGUUUUGGGUAAAAGACACUGGUAUUGGUAUACCCGAAGAGGGCAGAGAACGUCUCUUUAAAGAGUUUAGUCAAUAUGAUGUGUCAAUCACAAGAAAUUAUGGGGGUAGCGGUCUGGGACUGGCCAUCUCCAAGAAAUUGACGCGACUAUUAGGAGGUGACAUUUGGUUUGACUCCAAGGUCAAUCAUGGCAGCACGUUUUACUUUUCGGUACAGGUGUUUUUGCCAAGCGAUUGUACUAAUCGUCGGUACAUUAGGAAUGUGGUCGAGCGAAACAUUAGCACCUAUUCAUACCCAUGUCCGAGCAAGGUGUUUUUGUUGACCAAGCAAGAGCUGUUGGGUCAGAUGAUCGUGUCUUGGACACGUGAAUGGGGUGUUGAAACACUCGUCUAUUCGUCGUUUCAAGAGAUGAACCAACAACAACAGGCACAACAAAAAAGAAUCAUCAAUCAACUCAUCGCAUCCAAUAGUAAUGUAAGGAUUCCAAUUACCAUUACUCCUCCACUCUCUAUCCCACCACUAUCAAUAGAGUCAUCGAAUACUACAGUCUCUAUUUCAAAUACCACUUGUACAGGUGGCAAUGGAUAUUGUCAUUGCCAAACAUCCCCUCCUCCUCCCUCUGACCUAAUCACUCUUCCAAAUAUGUUUAAAAGUCAUCAACAACAACAACAACAACAACCACAACAACAAACAUCAUCAACUUCACCAAUGUCGACAUUAUUGUCUCCUUUAUCUUCACAAUUAAUUCAAAAUAAUCAAAAUAUUAAUAACUCAAAUUCAUCUUCAACAAAUGUUUCACUUUUACCAAAUCCAAUUUCACAAUCUUUAAUGUCAGCUUCACCACCAUUAAAUUCUGUAUUAAAAAGAAGAGGAUCAAUUGCCAAUGAUACAGAUAUACCAAUGGAAAUGGUUGCCAAACGAUAUCCAUUAAAGAUUUUAAUUGCAGAGGAUAGUGUCAUUAACCAAAAGGUGGCCGGACGUUAUCUUACUCGUCUUGGAUACCCAGCCGAAAACUUAAUAUUUGUGGUCAAUGGUCAACAAGCAAUCGAUUAUCUCCAAAGUGGUAGAAUGGUCGAUGUCAUCUUGAUGGAUAUGCACAUGCCACUUUUAGAUGGUUGUGAAGCUACCAUUCGAAUUCGUCAACUCUAUCAACAAGACUCGGGACCUCAUAUUAUCGGAUUGACAGCAAACGCCUACAGUGAAGACAAAGAGAAAUGUUUACAUAGUGGUAUGUGUCAAUACCUUGCUAAACCUGUUAAAAUGGAAGACCUUGCCUUGGAAUUAAAAAGGGCAUACCUCACUAGAAUCGCUAACCUUCGAGUUUACUCUGCAUACUCUUAA